AUGGCCUCGCAUCCUUACUAUCCCCUCGACGCCGUCCUGCCCGACUACCAGCCCAGCACCGUGUCCCUCCCCGUCAUCCUCGCCCUCUUCGGCGGCAACACCGCCGCCGGCCGCCUCGUCGGCGAGCACACCCUGUUCGCCAUGCUGUGGAAGGAGUACGCCCUGUCCGACUCGCGCUACCUCACCGGCGACGUCUUCACCCUGUGCAUCGAGCACAUCACCGUCUUCCUCUGGGGCCCCCUCUCCCUCCUCACCACCAUCGCAAUCAUCCGCCGCUCGCCAACCCGCCACUUCCUCCAGGUCAUCGUCUGCACCGCCCAUCUCUACGGCGUCAUGCUCUACUACGCCACCAACUGGGCCGACCACCGCCUCACCGGCGUCUCCUACAGCCGGCCCGAGUUCCUCUACUACUGGGUCUACUACGUCGGCUUCAACGCGCCCUGGUUCUGUGUGCCUCUCGGUAAGACCAAGACUCCUCUAUAG